AUGGAAACUGCUCGGAUCCGCCGGGAGUUGGCCCGGCUGGGGCAGUUGAAGGGUGUUUCGCCAGCUGUCAGUUCAGGCAAAAGAAGUCGUGUGCCCUCGCAACACACACCUGGAACGACACCUUCUACGAAGACUCCAGAACCGAAGCAUGUGAAGCAGCUGCAGCCAACCCCAUCCGGAAAGAAAACUUUGGAGUUUGAUGCAAGUGCUGGCGAGGAGUCUGGAAGCUCGACGCCGUCCACAUCCGGUGGCCUCGCCAGGGUUCCCACCACUUCUUCCUUGGCUUCUGGUGAUGAGGUGGAGAUUCCAGUGAAGCAGCAGGAUGAAUGGCUGCAUGACAGACAGCCAACGCAUGAGUCCCUGGCCGUGUGUGACAAGGCUGAGGGUGGGGAUGUUAUGUGGCCGGAGUUAGAUGCUGCAGGGAUACCUUUCUCUACGCCCUUGGAUGAUAUCCCAGCCACACAGCCCUUCCUAGAGUGGGAAGACGAUGAGCCAAUGCUAGAUGUACAAGAGAAGGAAGCAGCUCUUCAACAUGUGCUGCAACGGCCAUCGACUGCAGAGUUUGAGAGUAAGCUGGCAGAAGCAAGUGCAGAGGCCGCCCCGACCCCCCUUGAGGGUACAGUGCAACACUUGCUGUUGAAGCCGGGGACAGUAGAUUUUGCUGAGAUGGAGUGUGCAGCGGGAACUGUGCCCCCUGUGCAAGCCGCACAUGUGCAAUCCGCCGCUGCCCAGCCACUGCAAGCUGUGCAAUCCACUGCCCAGUCACCGCAGGCUGUGCAAUCCACUGCCCAGCCACCACAAGCUGUGCAAUCCACUGCCCAGCCACCUGAAGCUGCGCAAUCCCCAGAGCAAGCUGUGCAACCCGCUGCCCAGCCUAAGCAAGGUGUGCAAUCUGCUGCCCAGCCCGUGCAAGGUGUGCAAUCCACUGCCCAGUCCCAGCCUAUGCAAGCUGUGCAAUCCAGUGCUCAGUUCCAGCAAGGUGUGCAAUCCGCUGCCCAGCAUGUUAUGCAAGGUGUGCAAUCCACUGCCCAGUCAGGGCACGCUGUGCAAUCCGCUGAAGGUGUGCAAUCCGCUGCCCAGCCUAUGCAAGCUCUGCAGUCCACUGCCCAGCCCAUUCCUAUGCAAGCUGUGCAAUCCGCGGCCCAGCCUAUGCAAGCUGUGCAAUCCACUGUGCAAGGUGUGCAAUCCGCUGCCCAGCCUUUGCAAGGUGUGCAAUCCACUGCACAAGGUGUGCAAUCCGCUGCCCAGCCUAUGCAAGUUUUGCAAUCCACUGCCAAGUCCAUUCCUGUGCAAUCCGCUGCCCAGCCUGUGCAAGCUGUGCAAUCCACUGUGCAAGGUGUGCAAUCCGCUGCCCAGCCUAUGCAAGGUGUGCAAUCCACUACGCAAGUGCUGUCGGAGCCCACUCUCAUGCACCGUGUGCAAUCCAGUCCCCAGCUGCAGACAGCGCCAGCCGUGCAAUCCCUCAUGCCACCCCCGCCGGUUCCGGUAAAGGUGGAGUCUCAGGGUGCUGCGCAACCACCCCUGACCCCAGCCGUGACCCGUGACCUUCCCCGUGCUUCCAGUGAGACAGAUCUAGAGUGGUCAAACUGGUUGAAUGAUGCGGGGCAGCAGGAUGCAGAAGCCAAAGCAAAGGAGGAGAAGCGCCAGGUCAAGAAUGCCUAUAUGCGCAUGACACGAAGUUUCGGCAAUACAAGGUGUCCCGCCGUGAUUGUGCAGAAGUACAAUGCCGCCAAAGGCGAUCGCCGCAAAAUGCACGAACUGUUCGAGGAGUUCAUCAGCUCCAAGGAGGAUUGGGCUCGAUCAACGAUUGUGACGAGUUUGGUUACGGCGACAAGCACGCAACGACGUGGUCGCUACGAGUGGAAGCGCAAACAGGACAUCAUGGCCAUGUAUGACAACGACGAAGCAAUCGUCAACGAGCUGAUCCGGAUCAAGGAGUCGCAAGGCUUGACGCGCAAGCAUCCUGAGUUUCCGAACAAUGAGGCUAUGAAGCUUUACAAGGUAUGGGUUGCUUUCAGAGAAGAUGAUGUGGACACGGAGACCAGGACGACCGAGAUCAGAUGUGAGGGCGAGGUUGACAAUACCGAGGUGGCUUUCGAGGUGCCGUCGGCUUCGACGGCCGGGGCCGAUGCUGCUGCAGGUCACCUGCCACCUCCACCCAAACCAAAGGAAAAGACCAAAGUUAAGAAGGAGAAGUCUGCAGUGCAACAGGCCAAGCAGGCCAACACAACAGCAAAUGAUUUGCUCUUGGAGAUCAGUGGCUAUGAUCAUCGCCUCAAGGUCCAGAAAGUGUCGGAAGGCCUUCGCCAUGCGUUUGUGAAUGACAUGAAGCUUCACGGUGCAAAGAUCACACGCUCCAAGGAGAAGCUUGAGGCCGCCUUGACGACCGGGACUACCAAUGAUGAUCUCCUUGUGCUGGUGAAGGAGAUGGAUGUGAUAAUCAAACACUAUCGUGAUGCCUCGAAGCAUAUCCGGAGUUUGUGUGUGGAGCCGGCAGCCAAGAAGCAGCCGAAGGGGAAAGCAGCGACUUCAUGUGCUGAGCUGCAGCGAGCAGCCGCAGCAAUGGUGGCCGAAGCGGGAGAAGACCAUGUUUCCGAAUGGACGAGGAAAAUGUCGAGGAUUGGCUGCAGUGGUAAAUACCCAGGCAAUUGUGAAAGGGAUCUGUUCCGAGCGCUGCAACUUCCAAUCGCUCUUUACUAUGUGGACAUCCCGAUCUUAGACCCCAGCGAUCGAAAAACUACCCGAAACAUGCAGCUACCUGUGAUUCUGCCACACUUGACUGUGGAAUACCUACUGCACACUCGGAAAGUGGUGGUUUGUCAAGCUGAUGUUGAAGAAUACUGGAGGCAUUUACAGGGUGCCAAAGUGCAGUGGGCACUGGAUCAUCCAGGUGCUUUUUCCUGUGUCCCGCUGGGGAUUUACGGCGACGAGGGGCAAAUCAGCAAAUCUGGAGACAAGGUUAUGGUGAUUACUUUCAAUUUUGUCUUGGACAACAGGGCUGGCGACGGUGUCAUCCACCGCUUCCCCAUUGCUACUUUACGUGAAUGGUGUUCACUUGGAAUGAGGUCAAUGCAUCCUUUGAGCCAAGUGAUGGCUUGGAGCUUUAAUGCAUUGUAUACGGGCAAACACCCGUCCGUUGACUUCAGUGGUCAAGACACUCUGCCGGCAUGGAUGAAAGCUAAAGCUGGACAAGACCUCCCAGGACGCUUCUGUGUCACGGAGAGUAGAGGAGACUGGAAGUGGCAGAAGCAGUGGUACAGCUUGAAGUACUUCUGGGUCACACUUAUAUCUGCCACUGCUGUGAUGCAUCGAUCAAGGGCAACACGAACUGGAGCACAGACCUGA